AUGUUGUACACACUUGUUACGUUGUUAUUUUUGGCAUCAACAAAUCAGUCAGCAACAUCGCCGUGCUCAGAUUAUCUAUCGGCUACAAUGUGCUCAAAUGAGCAAGAUGAUAAUAUUUGCCAUGAAGCUUUUCCCAUUCAAGAAGCUUUUCCGAUAGUAAACAAGCGCUGCACAGAUCCUAGAUGGCAAAUUGCUGAGGAAUGCCGAAAGCAAUGUCGAAGUUGCUGUGAGCAUCCCAAUUUUGUUUGCUUUGAUAAAAAAGGUUCUGCUUUGAAUUGUCGUAUGAUUGCAGAGAAAGGUCAAUGCAGUACAACGGAUGAAACAUUUAAGGCAAUUCUAGCAGUAGAAUGUGCCGGAAGUUGUGGUCUUUGUAGGCAUUCUGGGUGUUUUGAUAAUGAUUACAUGCUUUGCUUCUUAUUUCAAAAACUUUGUCAACAGCCAAAUUAUCAUCAACUUAUGAGCAAAAAAUGCAAACGUACUUGCAAUUUGUGUACAGUUGAUACGCAAUAUCCAGGAUGGAUUUUUAAUCAUGAAACUAAUGCACAUUACAAACUUCUCAGCGCAACUUCUGGAGAUGAAAACAGUAGUGUUGUGAAACAUGAACGUAUGUGCGCAGAAGAAGGAGCUCAUUUGACCUCAGUACAUUCAGAGGCAGAAAAUGCCUUUAUUUAUGGGUUGGCAGGUUGUAAACGUGUUUUCAUUGGUUUGCGUGGACGAAAUAGUGAAGAGUUUGAAUGGUUAGAUGGAAGUAAGGUGGAUUUCAAAAAAUUUUUUCCCGGUUUUCCAAUGGGAACCCAAUAUUGUGUUUAUAUUAAUGGAAAUAACAUGUUCUGGUACACAGACUCUUGUCUGUCUAGGGGUUGUGCCGUGUGUAAAAAAGUUGGUUGGAGUGAGGAGUAA